GUUGGGAAUAGUUCUGGAGGCACAGAAGAGGAUACACUCAUGCUGCUCAUUGCCAUGUUCCCUCCCCUUCUUCGUGGCAUUCUCGUGGCCUUUGUUUGUUCUAUCAGGCGUUUACUAUCUUCCUCCAAUAAUACCACAGGCGGACCUCACGCUAACAUCGACUUCUUCGCGUCUACAUUCUCGUCUGCCCUUUUUCCUCUGCCGUCUUCCACCGAAGCCGAGGAAAAGGAAGACUGGCGCAUCCGUUUUCUAUGUCACUUAUUGAAUCCUGAAAGGCCUGCUCGAAACUUUGACUGCCUUAUGACCUCUGUCUUCGGUCUCGACUGCGACAAGGUGGAGAAAUUCAAUCCAAUUGAGCCCCCUUCGGACCAGUCAAAGCGGACCAAAUCGGUUGGCCUGCAGACCUCGGCUCCUAUUGGCGAAAUCUGCAAGGCCUUAUCUACUGUGAACCUUACCACACUGACAGACAGCUCCUACUCUUCUGUCUGUCCUUCCCUGCUCUCUGCGCCCCUUGGCGAUUCUACAAACCUGUCACAAACAGAUAAAACUACCACCAAGGCCUGCUCCACAGAGGCUCAUCGACUUCGUUCCAACAUUGCCCUAAACCUGGGUCGCUGGCGUCAGACAGACGACCAUGAGCGCCUAGCCAAGCUGGAAAGUUCAGCUGAACUCCUACAGCUCCUCAAUCAUAUCCUUCUUGACCGAUCUAUGGAUCCACGUGUGAAGCUUCGUCAUCUCAAGCAGGUAAAUUCUCCUAUUUGA